AGCACCGACGUCCCGGACGAUAAUGAGGCAUUGAUUAAAGACAAAGAAAAUGCCAUUUUAGAACUUGGCGCUUAUUAUGCCAAAGAAAAGAAAGCUAAAGAGCUUGCUGAUCUUAUUCAGCACAUCCGUCCAUUCCUGAAGAGGAUCAGCAAAGCGAAAGCCGGCCGCAUUGUUCGUACACUGGUUGACCUGUUUCUGGACUUGGAAUUAGGAACAGGACGGGAAAUCCAGUUGUGUCAGGAAUGCAUUGACUGGGCUGCCAAUGAGCGUAGGACUUUUCUCAGGCAGGCUCUCGAAGCACGCCUCAUGGGCCUCUACUACGAAAACGGCCGUUAUGAGGAAGCUCUUCAGUUGGGUGAGUGUUGA